ACCAGGGCCAGACGUCUGUCAGGUCGGGAGGACAAGGGCAAGCGUGAGAGACAGAGACAGAGCUCAGAGAGAAGACAGUCAGGGAAGUGUCCCGUCCUCAGCAGCACUACUGUUAGUCCAGCUGUCCGUCUACAAGGACAACACGCAGUUGAGUUUCGGGGGAACAGAAAGUGUGACGGAGCAAUGAUGAUGACCCAGGUGGAGACCACGGUGCACUAUGAUAACGGCUACGAGGAUGAGUACAUGAUCCAGGAGGAUGAGUGGGACAGGGACAUGUUACUGGACCCUGCCUGGGAGCAACAGCAGAGGAAGACCUUCACAGCCUGGUGUAACUCCCACUUGAGGAAAGCUGGAACUCAGAUUGAAAAUAUUGAGGAGGACUUCAGGAAUGGACUAAAACUCAUGCUGCUCCUGGAAGUUAUCUCAGGAGAGAGGUUACCCAAGCCAGACAGAGGGAAGAUGCGGUUUCAUAAGAUUGCUAACGUCAACAAAGCGUUGGACUUCAUCACGAGCAAAGGAGUAAAACUGGUCUCCAUUGGAGCUGAAGAGAUUGUGGACGGUAAUGUAAAGAUGACACUUGGAAUGAUCUGGACUAUCAUCCUCCGCUUCGCCAUUCAGGACAUUUCCGUGGAAGAAACAUCUGCCAAGGAGGGUCUUCUUCUGUGGUGUCAGAGAAAGACUGCCCCCUACAGGAAUGUCAACGUCCAAAACUUCCAUGUCAGCUGGAAGGAUGGCCUGGCCUUCUGCGCCCUGAUUCAUAGACACAGACCCGACCUCCUCGACUACUCUAAGCUCAACAAGGAUGAUCCUCUGGGGAACCUGAACCUGGCUUUUGACAUAGCCGAGAAACACCUGGACAUUCCCAAAAUGCUGGACGCAGAAGACAUCAUCAACACCCCCAAGCCUGAUGAAAGAGCUAUCAUGACCUACGUGUCCUGCUUUUACCAUGCUUUUGCUGGAGCCGAGCAGGCAGAGACGGCUGCCAACAGGAUCUGUAAGGUGCUUGGCGUGAACCAGGAGAAUGAGAAGCUGAUGGAGGAGUAUGAGAGACUGGCCAGUGAGUUGCUGGAGUGGAUCCGCCGCACCACUCCCUGGCUGGAGAACCGGACCCCAGAGAAGACCAUGGCGGAGAUGCAGCGGAAGCUGGAGGACUUCAGGGACUACCGACGCCAGCACAAGCCCCCGAAGGUGCAGGAGAAGUGCCAGCUAGAAAUUAACUUCAACACCCUGCAGACCAAGCUGCGCAUCAGCAAUCGCCCUGCCUUCAUGCCCUCUGAGGGGAAGAUGGUAUCUGACAUAGCCAGUGCAUGGCAGGGCCUGGAGCAGGCGGAGAAAGGCUACGAGGAGUGGCUCCUCACAGAGAUCCGCAGGUUGGAGAGGCUGGACCACCUGGCUGAAAAGUUCCGCCAAAAAGCCACCAAUCAUGAGAACUGGGCCAGCGGUAAAGAACUGAUCCUCUCCCAGAAGGACUAUGAAACAUCCACCCUGACAGAAGUCAGAGCAUUGCUGCGAAAACACGAGGCCUUUGAGAGCGACUUGGCAGCCCACCAGGACAGAGUGGAGCAGAUUGCCGCCAUUGCACAGGAGCUAAAUGAGCUGGACUAUCAUGACGUGGCUGCUGUGAACCAGCGCUGCCAGAGCAUCUGUGACUUGUGGGACAAGCUGGGAACCCUGACUCAGAAGAGGAGAGAGGCCCUGGAGCGAGCAGAGAAGCUGCUGGAGACUAUUGAUCAGUUGUUCCUGGAGUUUGCCAAGAGGUCAGCGCCUUUCAACAACUGGAUGGAGGGAGCCAUGGAGGACCUGCAGGACAUGUUCAUAGUGCAUACUAUUGAAGAGGUCCAGAGUCUAAUCGCAGCUCAUGAGCAGUUCAAAGCGACUCUACCCGAGGCGGAUGCAGAGAGACAGGCCAUCUUGGGAAUCCACAAUGAGGUGCAGAAAAUUUCCCAGAGCUAUGGGAUCAAGGCCAACAUUAUCAACCCGUACAGCACCCUGACAACUGAGGAGCUCCUCAACAAGUGGGAAAAGGUGAAGAAGCUGGUUCCUCAGAGAGAUGGUGCCCUCCAGGAGGAGAUGGCACGUCAGCAUGCCCAUGAAAGGCUGAGACGACAGUUUGCUGCCCAGGCUAAUCUCAUUGGACCCUGGAUACAAACCAGGAUGGAGGAAAUUGGGCGCUGCUCCCUGGAGAUAGGAGGCGCCCUUGAGGACCAGAUGACCCAGCUGAAGCAGUGCGAGCACGUCAUUGUUGCUUACAAGCCCAACAUCGACAAGCUGGAGGGAGACCACCAGCUAAUCCAAGAGUCCCUGGUGUUUGACAACAAACACACCAACUACACUAUGGAGCACAUCCGUGUCGGGUGGGAGCUGCUCCUCACAACCAUCGCCCGCACCAUCAACGAGAUUGAGACUCAGAUCCUGACCCGCGAUGCCAAAGGCAUCAGCCAGCAGCAGAUGAAUGAGUUCAGAUCCUCUUUCAAUCACUUUGACAGGAAGAAGAAUGGAGCAAUGGAAACUGAUGACUUCAGAGCCUGCCUCAUCUCUAUGGGUUACGACUUGGGAGAGGUGGAGUUUGCCCGCAUAAUGAUCCUGGUGGACCCCAACGGUACUGGAAACGUGUCUUUCCAGUCUUUCAUUGACUUUAUGACCAGAGAGACUGCCGACACGGACACCGCAGAGCAGGUUGUGGCAUCCUUCCGGAUCCUGGCAGCUGAUAAGCCCUACAUACUAGUGGAGGAGCUGAGGAGAGAACUUCCUCCUGAACAAGCAGAAUAUUGCAUCAUGAGGAUGCCGCCUUACAAGAGCCCCGGAGCACCACCAGGGGCGCUGGACUACACCGCCUUCUCCACUGCCCUCUAUGGAGAGAGCGACCUUUAACCACCUAGAAACAGCUUUCAUCUACUGACCUUGUCCCUAACCAUCCCCUCCCUGCCCUCUAUCUCUCGAUGAAUUUAAGGAAUCUAUAAGAAAGUUGGAUCAAAUAUGUUGAAUUAAAUGUGUUUGUGACCGUACCAGGUUUUUUGUUGAUUAGUUUUCUGACAUUAGAGUGUCUACAAUCAUGCUGAGCAUUGUCAGUCGUCUUCCUCUGUCCUCUUGGAUAAAAAUCGCCCCCUAACCAAAUAGAAAUUGCCAUGUUCUUUUACAUUGUGUGCAAAAAGUGAGGUUCUGUGAUGAAGGUAAGGCAAGAAGAGAAACUUACUCCAUCAAAAAAAUACAGAUUACGUGGUGAUACUUGAUUUCCAUAGUUUAUCAGGUGAAGAAAUUAGACCCAAAACUCCUGUUUUGUCUCGCAGUGUCAUGUAGUGUUUUCAUGUUUACCUCACAGUGCCUUCAUUUCGGGAAUACAAUCUUCUGAUAAGGCGUUUCGAGAUGCUUUAAAGCAAAUUGCAGUUUGCAAAAGCAAUUUUAGACCUGCCAUCCAACAAUAAACAGUGUAGAAAAUGGGUUCCCAAAAGUCUAAAAAUAUACAGUACCCACAGAGGAAAAGAGGUGGGAAACCACAUGAAUGCAAAAGUAAAUGUUUACAAUUGCUCAGCGGUUUAAAGGCAGAGAACACAGAAGAUUGAAUGUGCAGUAUUCAUGAGUUUUGUGCUUCAAGAUGAAACAUUUACUCAGGCAGCAACAAACACGUUAAUACUUACAUAUGCCGAGAAAUGAGUACACUAAGCUUCAAAAAUAAAAACACAAAUGAGAAAAUAAAGAUCAAAUGAAGCACAAGAAAAGCUUCUUUAUACCAGCAUGGAAAAAACAGAUUAAAAACAUAAUUGUCCACGACAGUAGAAUACAUAUAAAGCCUUCAAUUUACAUAUGAGGUUUCCUUUUUCCUCCUUUUCUUUCUGCGCUGUGAAGUCGGCAGCAAGAGAUAAAGAGGAUCUUUACUACAUUUGUGCUUCAUUAGACAAUUAGUUUUAAGUUUUGCCACUAUCGUAUGGGGUGAGGCUGUCAUGAGACAACUCUGUGUUGCGGUUACAGUUGUGAAAUGUGUGUUUUAUGUCUAUUUAACACACUUUAUAAACUAAAGCAUCUUUUCGUAGACAUUUUUCUCUUCUUUCUUGGCUGCCAAAGUCGUUGUGCUGACAUUCUUCUGUCUUUCCCCACCUUUCUCGAAAGACAUGCACAUUUUUUCGCCUGUUCCUGCUUUAAAUAACUCCAUAUUUAGUCAUCUUUGUGUUGUAUGCCUUUAAUGUGUGGAGUUGUUUCCCAUUUUCCUUUGUUGACCAAUUUGGGAUCUGUUGUAGAACUGAUUUGUCCAUAUCUCACAGCUGUUUGGCUACAUGUUGUGUACCCACGCUCUUCUGUAUGCCUUUAAAGAACAAAAUAAAGAAAUUUAAGGAAUUUUCAUUCAUACACAAAAUGGAGUAUUUAAGGCAGUGGCAAUCAUUUUACUAAAAUGUGCUGGUUCUGUGCAUUCUCAUAACACUUGUUGCAAACUCUCUGCAAAUUACUUUCUGCUAAAACAAUUUGGAAAAAAAAAAAAGAUAAAACAGCAUUUUGUGUUCUUGAGUUCACCCAAUCUAUGGAAGUUAUCAAAGAGAUCUGUGAAGAGGAUCACUGGCCACUUCACACUAACUCAACCCAAGGCACUGGAGCACACUCGUAAUUUAAAACUCAAUUUAGAUGCAAGCAAUACCCUUUAAAAGAAAAGUACGCUUUUACUGUUACAAAUGAGCCUAACACCACUGAUCUCUUUAUAUCCUAGAGUUCUCAUUUUUGCUGAAAGCUUUGAUUCGCUGUGUUUUGGUAGGAAAGUAAAGAUACUCAGGCAGUACUGACAGCUUGAAGACAUUUGCUGGUGUUGUUAUCAACAAAUUCAGUGAGUUACACUUUGUACUUGAGGGUAAUGGAUUAAUUAAACUGUUUGUGACUAAUUCAAACAAUUAUUUCAAUAAAAUAAAUCAUUGCUUGUA